GUACGAUAACAGGAAGUUUAUUGUGUUGUUUAGGACGAUAUUUAACACAAUAAUUUUAUUUGAAACCAAAACUUCAUCGGAUUUAUAAUAAACGAGGGCAAUGGCUGUCCCAGGGAGGAAAGUCAGUGAUGGCCAUCUUACAGUUUUCUGCCAGCCCUGUGACAGAGAUGGGGAAAGAUUGGCUGCACAUGGCUACUGCAAAGAUUGUUGUGAACAUUUAUGUGAAUCCUGCUUUAAACAUCACAUGAGACAUACUCUUUCCCGAGAUCACAUUUUAGUAGACAAAACCAACAUGCCACAGACAUUACAACCUUCUUCAACUUUUCAUUAUCAACAGCAUGAUGACUUUACAAAACCGUGUCAUAAGCACAAAAGGGAAGUCAUAAACUUUUACUGUCAAGACCACAAUGAACUACUCUGCAGUGUCUGUGUCACUCAUGGACACCACCAACAUUCUUCUUGCAAAGUCAGCUAUAUACCCGAUAUCUCUGAAAAUGUCAUUGACGGCAAAGAGUACUUAGAAAUGUUGAAAACAAUGGAUUCAAUGUCUGAGCAAUUCCGUAAAAUACAAGACCGUAUGUACAGAUUAACCGUUAAAGCUAACAAGACAUUGGCAAAUGUAUUAGAAGACAUAAAGUUGUUCCGGAAAGAAAUCAAUCAGAAAUUAGAUGAACUUGAAAAACAAGCUGCAGUUGAAGUAAAUGUCUUUCAAGAUGAAAAUUUAAAAAUACUUAAAGAAGUUGAGACAGCUUGUAACGACAGAACAAGAGAUCUGUGGACAUCCUGUAAUUCAAUGAAACGACUUAACUCUUCAAAACAAGCAGAAAAGCUCUUUAUGGAAGUUAAAAGUGCUGAGAAAAUGAUAGAAGACUGCGAGAAAAGGCUCGUAGAGUUAGCCAAAUUUAAAGUAAAUGGCUACAGCUUUACACCUAAUGAAACAAUAUCAAAGUUGUUAACAUCAGAAAAAUCUUUGGGUAUAUUAGUACAAAAAACAAUGCAUGAUGAAAGUACAACUAAUGCUUCUAUGAUAUUUGAAAAGGAACUAUCUUACCAUGAAGAUAUCUGUGUGAAGACAGCGAAAGAUACAAAAAGGUGCUGGAUAACUGGAAUGAUUGUUCUUACUCCUAAUACUCUUGUUAUCACCGAUAAAUAUAACAUGACUGUAAAGUUGAUCAAUACAUGCAGUCGAUAUGUGACUGAUCGACUACAGCUAGAUUGUGGGCCUUAUGAUAUCACCUCGGUGACUAGUACUGAACUGGGUGCCACACUUCCUAGUAGUCACAAAAUUCAGUUUAUAGCAAUCUCUUCAAACAAACUAAAACAACAGCACACGAUAAAGGUUGAUGGAAACUGUUGGGGUAUAAGCUGUUACCAAGAUAAACUUGUUGUAUCAUUCUGUGACCCUGCAAAACUCCAGAUCCUGGACAUGGAUGGUAUUGUUUUGGAAACAUUUGAAGAUCAAAAUUUCAGAAAUCCUCUGUAUGUCGAGGCUAUCAGUAGUUCAAUCUUUAUUUCUGACACAAACAAGAAAAGAGUGACAAGGAUAAACUGGUAUGGGCAGGUGAUUGGUAGCUACGGUGAUAUGAAUGAACCUAGAGGAAUAUUACUGUCAGAUGAUGGUACUGUCUUUGUGUGUGACCGAGAGAAACAGGUUGUAAAAGAGAUAUUAGGAGACUGUUCUGCAGGAAAGGUCAUCAUGAAGGAUAUAAGUAGUCUACAGGCUGUAUGUUGGUGUAGUACAACAAUGAAGCUUUACUACAGCAGUGAAGAUGGAGUAGAUAGGGACAAAAACAACUUCAUUUUUACAUCUAUCAACUGUAAUAGACAAUAA